CAAAGAUGGCGACUUACUGAAUCGCCCCAUGCUUUAUUGUUGUAAAAUAUUUUAUCGUUAUUUCACCCGUUAAACUUUCUCGGUGUUCGCAAAAAUGUCAAGGUUAAUUGUUAAGAAUCUUCCAAACGGGAUGAAGGAAGAUCGCUUCCGUAAGAUGUUUGCUGAUUUUGGGAUGCUCACUGAUUGUGUACUGAAGUUCAGCAAAGAUGGUAAAUUCCGCAAAUUUGGAUUUGUUGGUUUCAAGAGUGAAGAGGACGCCGAAAAAGCUCUGAAACAUUUCAAUAAGAGCUUUGUGGAUACCUCCAGAGUUACUGUGGAAUUCUGCACAGACUUUGGAGCUACCAACAAAGCCAGACCGUGGAGCAAACACACACGGCAACCAUCCUCAAGCAAAGCAAACGAAGAACAGAAACCACAUGAACAGGGAGAACAAAAUGAAAAGAAGGAGAAGAAACAGAAGCAGCCACUGAAUGUUCUUGGAGAUCUUGAGAAAGACCAAGGUUUCCAGGAGUUCCUCGCUGUGCAUCAGAAACGCACACAGGUGCCCACCUGGGCCAAUGACUCUGUUGAAGCUGCAUCUGUUGGACCUGAAAAAAGGAAGAAAGAGAAGAAACAGAAAGCGGACAUUACUGAUGACUACCUAAACUUUGAUUCAGAUGAGUCAGAGGAACUGAGUGAUGCUGAGGAUGAAGAGGAGGAUGCUGAUGAAGAGGAGAAACAAGAUGCCUCAAAGGAAGCCCUGAAAAAAGGUCUGUCCGACAUGGACUAUCUUCGAUCUAAAAUCGUGGAGAAAUCGGAUAUGGUGGAUGAGAAUAAAGAGGAAGAAAAUGAAAGUGACAAUGCUGCUGAUGACAAUGAAGAUGAGGAGGAGGAGGAGAAGGAAGAGGAGGAGGAGAAGGAAGAGGAGGAAGAGAAGGAAGAGGAGACCCCAGUCCAGCACACAGACAGUGCGUAUGAGAGUGGUGACAAGAUUAAGCCUUGCACAGAGUUUACAGUAAAACUUCGAGGCGCUCCAUUCAACGUUCAAGAGAAACAAGUCAGAGAAUUUAUGACGCCUUUGAAACCAGUUGCGAUUCGAUUUGGUAAAAACAGUGAUGGUCGCAAUUCAGGUUACGUGUAUGUGGACCUGCGCUCAGAGGCAGAGGUUGAUAGAGCCCUACGACUAAACAAGGACUACAUGGGGGGGCGGUAUAUUGAAGUGUUCAGAACUAACAACUUUAAAAAAGAGAUCUCUUCACAAGGAAGAAAUAAAGAAAAAAGUUUUGUCAGUGAGCUGAGGGAUGAUGAGGAGGAAGAGGAUGUCGCAGAAUCGGGAAGACUCUUCGUCAGGAACCUGCCAUACACUUGCACUGAAGAAGAUCUGAAAGAACUCUUCAUCACACAUGGUCCUCUUUCUGAGGUCAAUUUCCCCAUAGACAAUCUGACUAAGAAACCAAAGGGCUUUGCCUUUCUGACAUAUAUGAUUCCAGAGAAUGCAGUUUCAGCUUUGGCUCAACUGGAUGGCCAUGUGUUCCAGGGGCGGAUACUGCACGUCAUGGCCUCAAGACUUAGGAAGGAGAAACCCGAUGAAGGGACCAAUGCUCCUGGCAGUUCCUCAUAUAAGCGACAGAAAGAUACCAAAGACAAAGCAGCCAGCAGCAGCGCUCACAACUGGAAUACGCUGUUUUUGGGCACGAGUGCUGUGGCCGAUGCCAUCGCUCAAAAAUACAACACCACCAAGAGCCAAGUCUUAGAUCAUGAGUCUGCGGGCAGUCUGGCUGUGCGGAUGGCCCUCGGGGAGACACAGAUAGUACAGGAGACCAGACAGUUUCUCCUGGACAACGGAGUGUCUCUGGACUCAUUCAGUCAGGCGGCAGGCCAGCGCAGUAACUCUGUGAUAUUAGUGAAGAACUUGCCCUCAGGAGUGCAGGUUGAGGAGUUGGAGGCUCUGUUCUCACCUCAUGGAUCUCUGGGAAGAGUUCUAUUGCCCCCCUCUGGCCUCACUGCUAUAGUGGAGUUCCUAGAGCCCACCGAAGCCAAACGGGCCUUCAUGAAAUUGGCAUACACAAAGUUCCUGCACGUUCCCUUGUAUCUGGAAUGGGCUCCUGUAGCUGUGUUUACAACACCCAGGACAACAAAAGCAGAGACUGAGAAGGACAAAUCAGCUGAGAAAAUGGAUGCAGUAAAAAAGGUAGAGGAGGAGGAGGAGGAAGAAGAUGAUGAUGAAGAAGAGGAGGAGGAGAUUUUGCCUGGCUCGACCCUUUUCAUUAAGAACCUCAACUUUAAAACCUCAGAGGAAACAUUAGGAGAGACAUUUUCUAAGUGUGGUGUGGUGAAAGCCUGCACAAUAUCAAAGAAGAGAGAUAAAGCAGGUAAAUUGUUAUCAAUGGGUUAUGGCUUUGUGCAGUAUAAAACUCCAGCGGCAGCACAGAAAGCCAUGAGACAGCUGCAGCAUUGCACAGUUGAUGAGCACCAGCUUGAGUUGAAAAUAUCCGAAAGAGAAGCCAAGUCAGGUGUGACUCAAGCCAAAAAGAAAAAGCAGACCGCCAGGAAACAGACGACAUCUAAGAUCCUGGUGCGAAACGUCCCCUUCCAAGCCAAAGUGAAAGAACUGAGAGAACUCUUCUGUACAUUUGGAGAGCUGAAGACUGUUCGCCUGCCAAAGAAAGGGAUUGGUGAAGCCCACCGUGGUUUUGGCUUUAUUGACUUCCUCACUAAACAGGAUGCCAAAAAAGCCUUCAAAGCACUGUGCCACAGUACCCAUCUUUACGGCAGGAGGCUGGUGCUGGAGUGGGCAGACGCAGAUGAGACUGUAGAUGAUCUGCGACGGAAAACUGCUCAACACUUCCACGAUGCUCCUAAGAAGCGGAGAAGGGCGGAGAUGAUGGAGGGAAUCAUGGAGCAGAUGGAGGUCGGGGUGGAAGACGGCGAGUGAACAGCAGCUGUCAGUCACCUACAGCAUCAAUAAGAGAGUAAAUCAUCCAGUGGAACUCCAUUUAUCUCUGUUAUGACUGCGUCUUAAGCAGCUGCUUCGCAGUCUCUUCAGGAAUCUUUCCUUUUGGCCCCAGAUGCUCCCAAUUAGCUUUUUAUUAGAUGCUCAUACAUCAUCCCUGUUAUUGCUGUCAAUUAAUUAAAUACAGCUUCUCCCUACAGACUAACUCUGGUUGAAGGUGAACUCAACGACUGAAUCCUCUGAAAAGAUGCCUGAAGGCCACGUAUACCUUUAGCUGUUUUUAAAUAGUCACGGAGGGCCAAGACAUUUCAUACUCUGCUGUGUCAUAGAUGACUUUGAAAAAUCACAAUGUGAUUGAUGCAAUAAACAUAAAUGGAAAGUAAAUAUUUGAUGUUGCUUUUUACAUUAGCAUCGAGUAUGUUUAUUGUCUUCAUGAUUAAAGGGAUAGUUCACACAAAAUAAAAAAAAUGUCAUUUACUCACUUUCCUUUUAUAGGUUAGGCAGAAUGUUAGUCUCAGUCACCAGUCACCAUUCACUUUCAUUGCAUCUUUUUCUGUACAAUGAAAUUGAUUGGUGACUGAGGCUGUCAUUCUGCCUAACAUCUCCCUUUGUGUUCCAUGGAAGAAAGUAUGUGCUACAGGCUUGGAACAACAUAAGAGUGAGUAAAUGACAGUAUUAUUUUCGGAUAAACUAUUCCUUUGAAUAAUAAUUGUACACCUAUUUGUAAUCAACAAAUGACAAGUACUUUCAUAUUGUUGGGUUCAUACUGUAUUUAUUGGUGUGACAAUAAAUCGUUUUGUCUGUAAAAGACAUUGUUCCUAUUUUCGGGUUGUAAUCAUACUAUAAACCUCACAUUGUAAAAAGAGCUAUUUGUACAGUUAAGAGGUUAAAACAGUCUUGUUCUACACAGAGAUGCCUUACACACUAUGUAGUGGACAUUCUAGCAUACUGCAUCACAAAGGGUUUUGCAAGGAGAAUUGCAUGACAUCGUUAUAAUGUUAAUUCAAAUCAACCUGUAAGUUUAUCUGUGGUGAAAUCAUAUUCAUCUUAUUUGCUCUUUCAAUUGUUUCUUGAUUUAUUCAAGGGAUAUUUCACCCAAUAAUUAAAAUCUGUUCAUUUUCUCA